AUGAGCGACAAUCUCGCGGCCGCCGCGACCCCUCAGGCGCACGAUGCGGACAUCGAGUACUUCGUUCGUAGGGGCAUGACGAAGGGCUAUCAGCUAAUGUCUGUGGUCACGCCUAUCGUGUACACCAUGUUCGCCACGACGCGCUACGGUCGAGCUCACCUCAACGUCAACCGGUUGCUUCGCGCGACUUGGAUGGGGGGAUCCCUCGGUAUCGUCGGAGGUGGUGCGUUCGAAUACGCUCGGUCGGCGUACUCGAACCCAGAGAAGGUUCGGAUCCGGAGGUUUCGUACUGCAUACGAUACGGCAUCCAUUCGAGCAGACGACCACUCCACCAUUGGUGGUAUUUUGUUUGCAGUGAUAACACCUGCGCUGUUUUGGAAGCGGGCCAACAGCAUAAAUUUGAUCCUCGGCGGUGCCGGUGUUGGCUCAGCCAUCGGGUUAAUAGCGCACCACGCAAGAACCGUCACAGGCGAUCCUGCGCCGACUAUCCCCGUGCCGGAAGUUCCACCGGUUGCCCCACAUUGA